UCCGUGAACGCAGCUGUUUUGCUGCAACAAUGGCCGCUGCCUGUCGGACAUGGAGACCGGACCGAGGACGGUGCUUCAAAUCCUACGGAAUUGCGGUCGUUUUGUUGAUGGACAUGGCUUUACAGUGUGCCCACGGUUAUCUGAGCUCUCCUCAUCUCGGCCAGGAGCCGCACUACACCAGAGAUGCUCAGCAUGGACCUGUCAUCACCAGCCCAGUGGUCCCUGCUGAAGCCUCAGUGUCGCCUGCAGAUGACGAGAGCUACUCUUCGGAGUGUCCCAGUGGGGGUGUGUGUAGUCGUCUGCCAGCUAAAUGCAUUCAGUGCAAUUACCAACACAACUGCACCUACAGGAAACCAGCUACCUUUUUUUGUAAACCAAAACAAGGAGUUCACUGUGUAGGUGAGUCGGGACAGCAGCAAACCAACUUCUCUCUCUCCAUCAGCUGUCAGUUUUGCUGGCAGCUGGAUGAGUCCCAGUACCGCUGCUCUAACUCUACAAACUGUAUGACGGUGUCCUGCCCACGCAAGCGCUACAACGCCACCUGUGAUGUGUUGGACCAUGUACAUUGUUUAGGUAAAAGACGUUUUCAGAAACGUUUAUUUUGUAACUGGACUGGUGGAUACAAAUGGUCAACAGCUUUGGCACUCAGCAUUACCCUUGGUGGUUUUGGGGCAGACCGGUUUUAUCUGGGCCAGUGGAGAGAGGGUCUGGGCAAACUGUUCAGCUUUGGAGGCCUGGGCAUUUGGACUCUAAUAGACGUUCUCCUGAUAGGAGUCGGUUAUGUGGGACCUGCUGACGGUUCUCUCUACAUCUGAAGUCAAAUUUGGAGAUGGUUUGUGCCCUCCUCUGCAUUGAACCACUUCACAAAAAAACGAAGAUCUGAGAUGCUGUGUUCUUUGCACGUCUGCCUGCCCAAGCUAGCUGUGCAACACAUCCUCAUCCCAUCUGCUAACAGGCAGGAAGUGUUUCCCUCACUUUAGCAACGCUGACUCUACCCACACAAUCAUCAGAUCAAUCCCAAUCACUGUGUGUCUGUCUCCUGCAGAUGGAGCUGUGCAGGGGGAUGAGAAACCAGUCAUUACAUCUUAUCUGGUCAGUUUGACUAAACUGCAGGUUGGACUGUGUCAUGCUGAUCUAUAGAUAGGUUUGGUUUCCUGUGAAGCUGUGCUUUCACAGACAUCCUGUCACCUAGGAGCUUUGUGAGGCUCCUCCCUCAUUGCAAGGUAAAUGCAUCAGUGGGGGGGUCACAUGGUUACCAUGGAAACAGCUUUUAAUGGUGACACCAUACACAAUAGACUUGCUGAAAGGUUAUAUCAGUUUCCUGAGGGAAGGCAUGAAUAUGCAGAUGGGAAUAUGUUGAGAUGUUGACGACUGAUGUGUGUUUCUGUUCAUGAUUCAACAGUUAUUUGAUAUCUUAUUAUUUUUUUUACUAAAAUGGGUCAGCCAUGAAGGUCUCAACUGUAAGUCUGCAUUAAAAGGCUUUCAAAAGAUUUGCGAUACUAGAAAAAUGUUUGACAAUGCAGGUUCACUUCUGAAGUUCAUAUGUUGUGUUAAUAACUACACAAAGCGUUACCGUACAUUUAAACAGCAUCUAGAACUGUUGGAGAACAAGAAGAACAGCAGAGAGGGGAACAAUGUAUUCGUCUCAUUAAUGGAAAAUGCACAGUUUAUAAUUGAACAGUUAAUGUUUUAAUAUGAUAUACCCUGAAACACUUCUCAUGUGUGUUACUUGCAUAUUGCUGAUGCCUGUGGUUUCUGGUGUCUGAGAAUAUGAGACAUCUUCUCUGCACCUAAAUGCUAUUCUCCCUUGCACCCGUUAUCAUUCUCCACAUUGUAAAUAAACGUGUAUUCACACUGUAA